UGAAAAGAAGAUAUAUUAAAAUGUGAAGAAAAUGAGAAAGGAAGGGCAGAUUGAAUGCUUUUGAAUUGAAUGCUGGACCUGCUGUGGAAAUAAAACAGAGCACAAUGUGUGGUCCGAGCUCUGCUUAACAGAAGAUGGAGAUAUAGUAGCUGUCUUGCAACAUUUCCUCUUUACUGGUUGCUUUCUUUUUGGCUGUUGCUGUUGACUGACAAGAAAACUUGCCAAGAGUCUGUAAAUAUAAUGAAAUGUCAAUUCUAAAACUGUUAUUACUGGAGUGUGAUUUAAAAAUGCUUCAUUUAUUUUGGCAUAAACUUAUGCCUUUGAUUCAUUUGCUUUAAAGAUUCUGAUGAUAUGAUUUUGUUCUGUCCAUAAUUAUACAUACUGUUGGCAAUUGUGCCAGGAUAUCAAUAUAUAUCAUGACACAAAACCAUAAUAACUUAAGCAGAUAUAAGCAGAUACUGUAUAUCAGCAGUUGCUUGAAAUCUUUAGUGACAGACUUAUCAUUAACUAGGGUUUUACUCAUAAUUGUGUAUUUCUAUAAUUAAUUUAUAUAAAUAGUGCAUAUGGUUAUUAUAGAAAUAGUAUAUGAUUUGUAUUCUAUCUAUCUAUCUAUCUAUCUAUCUAUCUAUCUAUCUAUCUGUCUGUCUGUCUGUCUAUCUACACUGUAAAAAUUGUCUGUAACUUUAACCUUAAAAGAAUGUAAAAAUUCUACAGUAAAAAAAGAGAAAAGUUUUUUCUCACCCUCAUGCCAUCCCAGAUGUGUAGGACUUUCUUUCUUCUGCUGAAAACAAACAAAGAUUUUUAGAAGAAUAUCUCAGCUGUGUAGGUCCAUACAAUGCAAGUAAAUGGUAACCAGACGUUUGAUGCUCCAAACAUCACAUAAAGGCAGCAUAGAAGCAAUCUAUAUGACUCCAGUGAUUUAAAAUAUGUCUUCUGAAGCAAUGCAAUUGCUUUGGGAGAGAAACAAAUCAAUAUUUAAAUCCUUUUUCCACAAUAAAUCUCCACUUUUACUUUCACUUUCAGAAAGUGAAUAUGAAAGUGGAGAUUUAUAGUAAAUUUUUAUAGUAAAAUUUAUAAAUAAAUUGAUUUAUAGUUUAUAGUAAAUUUAUAUUUAUGCUGCCUUUAUGUGAUUUUUGGAGCUUCAAAUCUAUCUAUCUAUCUAUCUAUACAUACGUGUCGUCUAGUAGUGCCGCCCUACAGGCCGCAUUGCGCAACUGCCGCAUUAGCAGAAGCGAUGAUGGAUAGCGGAUCCGCUUUAACCCCAAACAAACCCAUCUACCCAACCUUCAGCGCUUCACCGGCGUGACUACUAUAGUGACUCAUUGUCAGCGGGAUGGGGUAUGUCUGUGUGUUUUGAAGCAUCUGGGGGGAGAUGACUGAGUCAGUCCCCACCCUGCUGUGUUCAUCACCAUGGGGCCUGAUGUGCCCCUGCUCAACGACUACAAGCAGGAGUUCUUCUGGAAGCGCUUCCCGCAGACUGUCUUGGGGGGGCCGAGGCUGAAACUUGGCUACUGCGCUCCACCGUAUGUCUAUGUGCACCAGCUGGUGUUAUUCCUGACCCCAUGGCUGUUGGGAGGAAUCGGGACCCUCCUGUACCAGCUGAGGGUGCUGGAUGACGCUCAAGCAGGCGUUGUUUCCGGUAUGCUCAUGUUGGGUUUUGCUGCCACCGUUCAGGGACUGGCAAGGUGUAUGGCACGUAGGACAGGGAUGGUGCAAAGGUUGCCAGCUGCCAAUAACAUCCUUGCAGACGAGGAAGAGGUGGAGUUUACACACUGCGUGGCCCCUGAGACAGUACAGUUCGUGGUGCCAGGAAAGAGGUUUAUGGGUAAUGUAGUGCUGCAUACAUUGCUUGCCGGAGCACUGUGUGGAUUGUCCACCUGGUAUCUGCUGCCAGACAGACUAAGCAGCCUGUAUGGGCACACAGGAGCGGGACGUGGUGCGGUUGUACCUUUGUUUGCCCUGAGCUGGGUGACUGUCUGUAUUGGGGAGUACUCGCUCAUUGUCAACACUGCUGCUGAAACAGCCACUUUUCAACCGCAGGACACUUAUGAAAUAACACCGCUCACCAGACCGCUCUACAUAGUCGCAUUCAUCGCUGUGGACCUGGCUUUGAGGCUUUCAGGAUUUGGUGUGGUGGAAUUGCAGGCAGCAGCCCAGGUGCUUCAUGUGUUGUUUGUGGCCCUGCCAGUGCUUUGGGCUUUGGGAAUGCUCUCUCCGCUGGAUGCACUUCUGCUGUGGUCCAUGGAACAGACCUUGGUGCAUGGCUUGGGAGGGUCAGCCAUGUCAACCAACAUCAGGCUGAUGGUGAUGUUUUUUUCAUCUGCGUGUGUUGCCAUAUGUACCUUCUUCAUUCCCUCCUCCCUGGGCGUGGUCCUCUUCACUGUUGCCAUGGGUUACCUCCUCAGCCAGGACCUGACCCAGCUGCUGGUGCUGGUGAAGGGGGGCUCUCCAACUUUGGGUCUGGGCUGGUGGGGGCUUCCUCUUUCCCUGCUGCUCAUAAUAGGGGCCUUGACUGAGGCAGGACUCCUUCAUCAGCUAUACCCCAACUCAGGAAACCUGACAUUAGGUGUGAACUCUAUAGAGCAGUGGGGGUCUACUGUGGUACCUCUAUGCCCACAGGAGGUGAUAGGCUGGCUCCUUAUUGCUCUGUUUCUGAUCACUCGUCUGCUGAGAGAGCUCCAAGGAGCAUGUGUGCUGGGAGGCACCAUGCUUAACCCACUUUACCCCAAACGAGUCACGACAGCCCAGGCUUUCAGAAGGAAGACACGUGGCCUACGUGUUGCAGGAAUCAUCUGGAGAAUCCUGCUGAACAUGGUGAGUCCGUUGGCGAUGAUUGCGUUCCUGUCUGUGGAUGAGUCUCUUGAGAAGCUGCACACGGCCUCUCUCGCUAUUGGCUUCACGCGAGCAUUCAGGGUGGUGUGGCAAAGCUCUGAGUCUGCUCUGCUUCAGAUGGUGGUGGUGGUGAUCAUCAGACUUGCCGGGGGACACAGGGUAACACACUGGCAUGAGUUGGGCACUGAAGUGCAGCUGAUUUUGGUCUCUCUGAUUGUGAAUCGUGUGUCUCAGUUUGUGUGUAAGAUGAGUUUCGCCCUUACGGUGUUGAUCACUUCCUGGACGGAGAGUAAACAGCGUCGUCAGUCAGCGGGCACUCUGCUGGCACUCAACAUGGCUCUGUGUCCACUGCUGCUGGCCGUGGUGGCUCUCUCUGCCCUUCUCUCUGCCCCUCUCCUUCCUCUCUUCACACUACCUGUGUUCCUGGUGGGCUUUCCAAGGCCACUGCGCUCGUGGCCGGGCACCCCGGGCACUUCCUGCCCUUGCCCAGACUCAGUAUAUUAUCAGCAGCUCUGCAAAAGACUGGCAUUGGCUAUCAGACCAGCUCUCGCUAAUGGUGCAUUUGGUUCUUGUUGUCCUGGGUCUCAUUAUCUUGGCCGCUUCCAGGGUCGUCUUCUGUGGAUUUCCAUUCUAGAGAGAGGCUAUGGCUACUGCACUGUCAAUAUCAAGGGUUUGGAACUACAGGAAACAUCGUGCCACACAGUGGAGGCUCGGCGAGUGGAUGAAGUUUUUGAAGGAGCGUUCGAUCACGUGGAACGUCCUGGCCAGUGUUUCCAACUAUUGAACCCUAACUGGGGUAAUGUCCUUACCCCCUGUUCAAUGUUACCCGUCAGGGUCUACUCUGAUGCCCAGAAUGUUCUAACAGGCAUCAUCGACUCGCCUGACCACCUGCAUCAGCUAAACUCUGACUUUCUUAAAACACUUGUCUGGAUUUUGUUGCGGUACUGUGUACAGGAUGUUACUUGUGGUGCUCACCAAAUUAAAAGUCAGUCUCUACAGACCUCUGGACGUAAGUCGCAAAGCUCCCAGCAUCCCGUUCCCACAGAGCCAGGUCCGUCAGUGGUUAAAGUUGGCAUGGACUCUCAAGUGCAUCCUGAAUGCUCCUCUUCAUCUCAUUUGAGGGUGCAGGACAGUUCCAGCCUCUCAUCCUUUGCUGAUUGGUCAGAUGAGGAUGAUCUUUUUGGCCCAGUGCCUGUGCAGCGGCCGAUGAGAAUGAUGAUGCGGACAGAUGAAGGGCAGACAGAGUUGGGUUUGGGAGUGUCUCUGCCAGGUUCGGUAGAAAUCCACAGCCUGUAUGAGAGCAUGGCCCUGUCCUCUCUCCCCACCCUCAGGCCUCUGGGUCUGGGUUUGGGGCUUGGCCUGCCAAUCGUGGAUAAAGGGAAAGAUAACUUCCCUGCUCUCACUUCGACCACCAUCCCGUGCAAUUCCCAUCCUCUCCACUUCACAAGCCCUCACUCAGAACACUUCUCUCUGCCUAUGGACUGGCGGACCGCCCCCUUAUCUUCCUCCAGGCUCCAGGUUCUGCGACCCUGCUUCCCAGAGGCCUGGUUCUGCUUCUGUUUGUCCCAGCUGGUGGUGGAGGGGUUUGCGGAAAAAGACUUUGAGCAGGUGACACAGGGUUUGCAGGAGGACCGUGCCCUGAGGGAACUAUAUACCCAGGUGGUGCUGUCAUGCUGUGUGGCACUGGGGGCAGAUGCUCAGGUGUUCAGCCCCAAUUUGCUGUUCAGGCUGUACUGUGGGGACGGUCCCUGGACCGAGGGACUUGAGUGGCUCCGAGCCAAUAAAGAGCUGCAUCAGCUCACACUCAGGGCUUUCAGGUACAGUGUAAAACUGUUGGUAGACCAGGCAUCUCUUGGUCCAGUAGAGAGUCUGGAUGAACUCUACACAACUUUACAGGAUUACCAUGACAACUGGUUUAUUGGCCUGGUAACUGACCGCAGCUGGCAAGACAGUGUUAUACAGGAGAAGCCCUUCCUAUUCUCUCUUGGACAUGACCUCACCAUGGGGACGUAUACGAGCCGUGUGUUGUCCCUGCAGGAGAAUCUUGUUCAGGUGGGAGUUCUGAAUGAAGAGGGUGUGAGGGGCCAGUGGGCCAACCUGUCCUGGGAGCUGCUUUAUGCCACUAAUGACGAUGAGGAGCGGUACAGCAUUCAGGCCCAUCCUGUGAUGCUGAGGAACCUGACCGUUCAAGCAGCUGAUCCACCACUGGGAUACCCCAUCUACUCAUCGCUGCCAAUACACUUACGCUGUUUAUGAUCUUCACUUUUGGUCUCAUUUGUUCAACCACACCUCUCCUAAGUUUAGCACAAAAACUGGUGCUAAUUAGCACAGGAAUUUGACACCUCAAGUCAUUACUUCAGUUGGAAUAGGUCAGAUGUUUCAUCUUUUUUGUACAGGGUACAGUUAAUUACUUUAUUGCAAGUACGAAGUGUUUAAAAUUGCAGAAGUACUAUAAUACUUCCUAAGAUUCCACAGAGGUCAGCAAUUGGGAUGAAAUUACAUGUUAUUUGAACACACCUGUGCACCUAAAAUCACACUGAUCUAUUUGAUGGUUAGCAAAAGACUCUCCACACAUUCAUACCAUAGACUCAUUCAGACACAGAGCUCAGAUUUAUUAUUUUCUUUGAAAAUUGUAUCCUAUUUCCUCAACAAUGGACCAACAAAUGGAGGAACCACUGGAUGUCCUUGACUGACUCUCACCUCACAAUGAGCUUCCGUUUCAUCUGUGUGCUCCGUCAAGAGACCUCAAAAAGGAGGGCAAGAAAACUCUUGCCCUUUUUAUGAACCAGUUUGUCAAAUCUGAAGGACGUGCCUUGGUUACAAUUUUGAAUGGUAAUGAAUAAUAAUUUUUGUUUUACUUUUUAUAUAUAAAUUUGACCACUUGGUGUAAAAGAUCUUAAGGUAAGUUGCGUCUUGUAACUUUGUUCAUCCUACUUGGGCUUGGCCUUUGUAUGGCUAUGUAAUUGUAUGUAUGUUUGUGUAGGAGAAAUACAGAUAUUUUGUAUAAAUCCUUAAUGGUCUCCUUUUGUUCACAUAAAAUUCAAGGUUAUGAAUUUCUAUUUAUAAGUGAUGGACAACAUUUUAAAUACUGAAAAUGUACAGAAUACAUCAACAGCUAAAAAAAGAAAAAACGUAACAAUUACAUUUGUCUUUAUUACAGCAAGCAUAAUGUGUUUUCAUAUUUAUUUAAUUAUAUGUUAAAAUAUUCUGAUGCUCAUUUUUGAAAGUCAGAUCCUUCUGCUAAUGAAUGUUCAGGAAUUCACAAAUCAGUGCUUCUUUAGAAUAAGAUGAAGUUAAAUGUUCAGGUAGUCUUGACCUUUGGCUUGGUGAAGUAUGCAGAGUCUGCAUCCUUUAUAUAUAAAAAAGAAGAUUCAGAAAAGAGCAAAAUGAAUGAAAACAUAAAUGCCAUUGAAACAUGUUUGGGGUUAAUGUUUCUGUGACCAGUAUAAUCUGCUUGUCUGGAUGUUAGUUUACAUUUUAUCAUUUCUUUAUUUUGAUAACAUACUUUAUAGAUGUAGUAGAGGUAGUGGACUCUGGAGAACUGCCUGUUUUUUUGUUUUUCCUUUCAUUACACAAGGGGGCUCCUCAGAUGGCAAAGACAUGUUCUUCUUUCAUUCUGUACACCAUGCUGCAAGUACUCACCAGUCCUGCUUUGAAGUUCUGCACACGUUUUCUGCCAAGAAUGUUUGUGAUGUACCAGGCCAGAGUGGGAGUGUACUGCCACAUAUAGCAGAACAGUAGAAAGGGCUGUUGAGCAAUCCACA